UGCAGAUCAGUUCAUCAAAGACGUUUCAUCUGGAUUCAACACCGAUUAAACGGCGUGAAAACGACGCUUGCGCCGGAAUGUGGAUGGACGCUUUGCGUCGCGACGCUACGACACACGAUCAUUGCAUGCUCGAGGUUCUCGGGAAGGGCGCGCUUUGUCAGAAGGCUCAACAAGCGGACUCCGUUAACACGUUGGCCAACAGUACAACUGUUUUAUUGUUCGAAAUUAGCGGCCCCAUAAUCAACAUUCUUUCCCAAACAUAUGACAAAACAUCCGUGAUUCGUAAUCUGUGAAUCGUUAUCUCUGAUCCCAAAAAAUCAAAUACCAAUUUUCAGUUGUGUGUGGGUAUAAGGAUGAUAAACCUAAACCGACUCGUACAAUUUUUUUUCUGCAAUAGAAUCACAUUCUAUUCUUCCAAUUACUGACAAUGAUAUUCAGCGAUAACAAAGGUGACGCGAAAAUAUCGGAAUGAAAGUUAGACUCUGGUAUUAAAGAUGAAUAAAUUAACAUCGAGUGCGUUAAGUGCAUCGUAACUCGUCGAGAGUGCGGAAUUAAAAUGAAUUCUUAUUUCGCAUCGUAUUCAGAAACAUUUUGUGCUACGUUCAAGAUCGGAUUUUCCAAAAUGUGUUAAACAGGUCAGUGUUGUUCCAUACAUUCCGGCGAGUUUCGCGAAGUUUAAACAGAUUUUAUUCAAUCAAACAGUGAUGAUAUCGAAAGUGUCGUGAGCACGUUAUUUUCAACAACCACCUCGAAGUCAACGAGAAGUUAAAUCGAAAGAUGUCAGCGAUGGGAGUUCUGGCGAUACUUCUGGACCUGCUGAUAACAGGCUGCCUAAGCACCUCGUUAAUCGCAGGCUCGAGAAUCUGCGACGAGGGUCACUUCAAGUGCAAUGGAAGCGCGAUGUGCGUCCCUCAACGGCAAAAUUGCGAUGCUAAGUUCGACUGUCCAGAUGGAUCGGACGAGUGGAACUGCGUUGAUUUGCCAGGGGCAAGAUUUUGGGAUCAUCUGUUUCGGAAACGGCCAGCCGCAGAACGCGACGAAAAAGGCCGCGCUGAUUGCGCCUGGAGGAGAUUCAAAUCAAUCUGCGUCUGCAAAGGCAACGAUAUUCUCUGUCAGUAUAAAAACCUCUCCAGAGUCCCCAAGCUUCCUUCUCGUAACGUGAUGCUGCUAGACCUUUCGGGGAAUUUAUUUACAACGCUGAACGAGUUUAAUCUCGGACGACUUCCAGAUGUGACUACGUUGGUGCUCAGGCACUGCGCCAUCAAACGGAUCGCUAAAACUACCUUUGACUAUCUCACUUCCGCCAGCACGCUAUACUUGGACCACAACGAAAUCGAUGAACUCGAGGAAGAACUCUUUCCACCAAAAAACGAACUGGAAAUAUUGGUCCUGAGUAGCAACAGACUGACGUCAUUGGGAGAAAAGGUUUUCACGAACCUCGGAAAACUUCGCGAAUUGGACUUGCGGUUAAAUUUUUUGACGGAAGUUAGGGAUGAUACCCUCAAACCCUUGGUCAACCUUCAAAUCCUAUAUUUGAAUGGAAACCGAUUAACCAACAUAACUCGAACCUUCCCCUACCUAAAGAAUAUUGAGACGUUAUCUCUGGCCGACAACCAACUCCGGGAUCUCCCGAUAGACGCCUUCGGCAAUCUGCCCAAUUUACUUUACCUGUUUUUAUCUGGAAAUCGAUUGGUCAAACUUCGGGCAGGCAGUUUCAACAAUCUGGAUCAAUUGCUCGCUCUAAAUUUGAACGAGAAUGCCAUCGAGGAAAUUGAGAUUGAAGCGUUUUCUCCCCUCGGCAACCUGACUUCACUGUACCUUAAAGGAAACAAACUUCGAAAGCCAAGGGAAACGGUGCUGAAGUGGCUUGGGAGGCUGGAAUAUGUGUACUUCGACGAGUUUGCAAUGUGUCGAGCCGCCCAAUGGGUCCGAGUCUGUGAGCCAAAAGGAGAUGGAAUUUCGUCUCUCCAGCAUCUACUGGACAAUCCGAUAUUACGAGCUAGCGUCUGGAUGAUGGCGAUCUGCGCUUGCAGUGGAAAUAUUCUGGUACUUUUAGGCCGUCUCCUGGCGAGGGAAAGCAACGCGGUCCAUAGUUUGUACAUCAGAAAUUUGGCCCUAUCCGAUCUGUUAAUGGGACUCUACUUAAUCCUGAUCGCGGCAGCCGACAUAAUGUACAGAGGUUGUUACAUCGAUCACGAAGAGGCCUGGAGGCAUAGUUUCAGAUGCAACCUUUGCGGAUUUCUCAGCACCCUCAGCUGCGAAAGUUCCGCUUUAAUCUUGUCUCUGGUGACGUGGGACCGGUUCGUGUCGGUGACACAGCCACUGGCCAGAAGACAGCCGUCGCCAAGACGAGCGACACUUCAUUUGAUCAUCCUAUGGUUGGCCUCGGGUAUCGUGGCCGCGCUUCCAUUGACAGGGGCUCCAUAUUUUGGGGAUGAAUUCUACGGAAGCAACGGCGUCUGUCUCAGUCUCCACAUCCACGAUCCCUUCGCCAAGGGCUGGGAGUACAGCGCGGUGAUGUUCAUCUUGGUGAACACAGUCGCUCUGGUCUUCAUUAUUUACGCCUACGUUCGGAUGCUGAGGGAGAUAAAAAUCAGCAGCGUCGCACUUCGCUCGACCCAGGAGAGUCAGGAGCGUGCGGUUGCCCAGCGUUUCGGGGUGAUAGUGGCGACCGAUUGCUUCUGUUGGGUGCCCAUUAUCGCCGUGAAAUUGGUCGCUCUGACUGGACUGCACGUGGACGAGGGCUUCUACGCUUGGUUGGCAGUGCUUGUUUUGCCCAUCAAUUCAGCCCUGAACCCGGUCCUCUACACCCUCACAACCAGCAUGUUCAAGCAACAGGUGUCUGGAGUACUCGCGACGGUGAGGGCCCGCGUUUACCGGGAAAGUCAUCGUCGUCGGCGUCGCUCCACCUUCCGGAACGGACACAGCGAAAGCGCCCUGUCCUACAGCCUGGGCGUUCUUCCCCAUCGACACAGAUCCUCGUCUGCCCGGACCUUGUACUCGGGAGACAACAAACGGCGGUUGGUGCGGAACAGGUACAACGGAAGCAGCUGCAGCAAGCUUGGAAGUAUACGAUCCAUUUCUUCGCUGAGCCUGUCAUCGACGAGAGCAUCUGACAGACCCAGAAAUUCCCAAUCACGCCGACUCGAGGAAAGCACACCAUUUAUCGCUUCCAGGCUGGAGAGUGAUCGAUCAGUUCAAGUGGUAGUCACUUCGCCAGUGAGCAAUCCAACGCCCAGCGAGUUACGCGACGACGUGGGUGACGUCUGAGACCACUCCCAAGUAUUCCAAUUAGAACUAGGCAUCCGCAACCUCAUUUACUCGAAAGAAAAUCAGCCGCAAACAUCUUGGAGGCAGCUUUGGUUGAGCUCAAAUAUUCUAUUCCUAAACGAAUAUUUAUACGGUUCUUUCGAUGUGAUAUUUAUAUUCAAAUCGUUUGCUUUAAUCUGUCUGUCAAUAUUUAUACAAUAUUUUGCCCUCACGAGCGUAAACGUACGCCACAAUUUAUAUACCUAGUGAAUAAUAAAAUCAAAACAACAAUUUACGUAUAUCGCUCAACGAUUUACCGCAUCAA